AUGAAGCUUUCCUACCUCAUCGCCUUCGCCGCCGUGGUCGUCGCCUCGACUGCCGCGCCCGCCAGCGCCUCCACGGGCCUGACGACGACCAACCUCGCCGAGGACGUCCAGCUCGCUCCGGAGCUUGGAGCUCUCCGCAGCCUCCGCGGCGCCAGCCAGGAUGGCUCCAAGGGCGACGAAAAGAAGCCCAAGACGGAGCACGGUGACAAGAAAAAGGAUGACGAGAAGAAGAAGGGCAGCGACAACAAAAAGGAUGGUCACAAGAAGGAUGACAAGGAGAAGGAGAAAAAGGAGAAGAAGGAAAAGAAGGACGACAAGGAGAAGGAGAAAAAAGAGAAGAAGGAAAAGAAGGAGAAGAAAAAGCAGGAGAAGGAGGACAAGAAGAAGGAUGGCAAGAAGGACAAGAAGCACGGCGACACGAAGGAUGGCAAGAAGCACGACGACAAAAAGGAAAAGAAGCACGACGACAAGAAGGAAAAGAAACAUGACGACAAAAAGCACGGCGACAAGAAGCACGAGCAGAAGGAGGGCAAGAAGGACCACAAGAAGACCGACGGCAGCAGCAAGUAG